CCUCAUUUCGAAAUUUUCAAAGUGUGAAAAGACACGCAAUGUUGUCUGCGACGAGGGUCCAAGGACCCUGUCUCCAAUGUAGACUUCGACUUUUAAGCAUAUUUGAAAGCGACCUCGUUAGUUUGCGUCCCGACCCCUCGCGAAGUUUGCGUCGAUCGACAUCCUCCAACGUUCGAGCUCUACCGUCAAAUAGAAGAAGCAAUGCGCGCUUCUUCACGACAACCAACCGCAAAAGCCAAGAAGCAAAGCCCUCCAAACCAGUGGCAAACCUAACCGAAAUAGAGAUUACCGUACGGCAGGCGAGGCAUACAUUUGGCGAUACGUUACCGAAAGGGUACUUGAAUGAGGAGGAAUACAAGCUAUAUGAGCGUCUGUAUGGCGCACCUCUGCGAGAGACACGGCCUGAGGAUGUCGGAAUACCAACUUCUGAAUUUACUCCUGAGGACUUGUCACGCGACCCAUCUCAGAGGGUACUACUACGAGAAUCAGAUGAGGGGCAAUUAGAGGAAAUAGUCUACGAGACCAAUGUCCCUGCCCCCCCACCUGAAGACUCACAAGAGGUGUCGGAUUUACCUCUAGAAGUCCCGGAGACUUCAGAGGGUUUGCCAUCCGGCGCUGGGAUAAGCCACAUAAACGCUGUGGCUAAAAGUGAAAGAGAAUAUAACGCUCUCCUAAAGCUACAGAAAGAUUUUGAAAAUGCUAUGUUACGCCCAACUGAGGAAGAUGAAAUUGAUGAGGAAGAGCCCAUAGAGGAAGAAGAAUGGGAAGAGGAGCGCGAACCAGAUGCUAGCUUCGAGCCCGUGGCUCACCGAACUCACGAUUACACAAAAAUGGGCCAAUGGAGGACUUAUCCCUCGACACUUCAGCUUCCGAAAGCGGAUUUCGUCAAUCCUAUUAGUAAAUUACUCGACCGAACAGACAUCAAGCAUGUUAAAGAUGCGGCGGAGAAAGCUUUCGGCGGCUCUGGGCUGCCAUAUUCGGUUGCUACUCCCGAAGGGAAGAAAAACAUGCCACAAAAACCGGUGGCUAUUGAGGCGGGCCGUCACAAGAUGAGUGAUAUCGAUGCUGAUGCUUACAUCGCGACGAACCUACCGGGAAUGUAUGCGUCCGUCAUGAGCAUAUUAGUCGAAGUUCGAAAACGGCUGGGCUCGGAUUGGGUUUCAAAACUCAUUUCUAGAGGCAAUGGUGAAGGUCCCCGCGUGCUCGAUGUGGGCGCUGGUGGUGCUGGUUUGGCAGCUUGGCAACAAGUUUUACAGGUCGAAUGGGAGCUCAUGUCAAACGGUGGUAAAAAGCCUAAACACGAUGCACCAGGGAAGAAAACGGUCGUGGUCGGAUCUGAUAGAUUACGUCAACGAAUAUCACGAUUUCUUCACAACACAACAUUUCUCCCACGAUUACCUAAUUAUUUACAUUCCGGUGGCAACCCCGACUUGUUAGAUGCAGGUGACCAGGCUUUACCAAGAAAGACGUUCGACAUCAUCAUCGCCUCACAUUUGCUGAUGCCUCUCAAAGAAGGAUUUAAACGCAAAGCUCUGCUAGAUAACCUAUGGGAAAUGCUAUCGCCUGAGGGCGGUGUUCUCAUUGUUAUGGAAAAAGGCCAUCCCCGUGGCUUCGAAGCAGUGGCAGAUGUCCGUUCCCGAUUACUAAAUGAGUUCAUCGUUUCGGCCUCUUCUGACCCUCAACCCGAGGCGAUUGAGCCCGAGACGCAGCGAGUUCGUGAGCCCGGCAUGAUCAUCGCCCCCUGCACUAAUCAUAAGGAAUGUCCUAUGUACUUAACGCCUGGACUUAGUAGUGGACGAAAAGAUUUCUGCCACUUCAGUCAGCGCUUCAUCCGCCCACCCUUUCUUCAAAAGGUGCUCGGGGCUAUACAUCGCAACCAUGAAGAUAUCGACUUUAGUUUCGUUGCUAUCCAGCGCGGUAACCUACCAGAUAUGGAACCAAUCGUCGUUCCGGACCAAGGCAAACAGGCGGCUGAUAGCGCUUUCAAGGGCUACGAAAACGCUCCCGAGCAACCAAAUCCGUUGUCACUUCCUAGGAAUAUCCUCCCCCCUCUCAAGCGACGCGGCCAUGUGACGCUCGAUUUGUGUACACCUACUGGAAAGAUUGAGAGAUGGACAGUUCCCAAGAGUUUCAGUAAACUUGCAUACCAUGACGCGCGCAAGACACAGUGGGGAGAUCUAUGGGCUUUAGGUGCUAAGACGAGAGUUUCGAGAUCUAUUCGACUGGGACGAGGAGGUGCAACACCUAACGAUGGUGGUGUACGAGCUCGUGCUGCUCAGCAAGGGAAUAAGCCGAAGGUUAUUAGCCUCAAUGCUGAUUCAAGUGGUAUUUACAGCGCGCAAGAGAAGGUUAGUAAGCGUGGCGGACCUACUGGUAGGAGACCGAAGGGCAAGAAGAGACAGCAGGCGGAGGAUAUUCUGCAGGAACUUAGGGACGAGGGAUUUAUGUGAUCACGUUGGUCUAUAAUGGGAAAUAUUGUAUAGGAUUCAUCGAGAUUUGUAUAGUAAUGUGCUCUACGAUGAAUGGUCGUAUGAACUGCCUGGAAAUGUACACACGAAGAAAAUCUACAAUCUACGAAUAUAUGACUAAGACUCAAAUACCGAGAUAUACACGAAAUACUUCCAUUCUAA